AACCGAUUAGGCGUCACCACUUUUCGACUCUCAAAUUCAUGACUGCGCAUUUCUGCUCGGAGACGCUCCCGUCCCGUCUGGAGAGGAGACAGAUCAAGCCGCCGGAGGGACUCAUGGGGACUAUUCUUUGAAGGACGGUGAACCAGAUGUCUUUUCCCACCUGUCCGGUCCGCCUGUGUUCGAGCUGUAGCGGAGCUGGACGCGCCGACCUGAACAACACCGCCGUACCGUUGCUAACGUUACCCUGCGGCGGCCAACAUGGCUGAGGAUGACAGCGAGUGGGUGGUGGAGAGCAUAGUGGGAUACCUGGGGAGUCCCGAGUGGGUCAUUCCUGUCACUGACUUCAUGGAAAACAAAUGCACAGUUUUCGAUGAUGAAGAUGAAAAUAAGUUGUCAUACACAGAAAUCCAUCAGCAGUACAAGAAGCUGGUGGAGAAGCUCCUGGAGAAUUACAUGCAGGAGGUUGGCAUCAAUGAGCAGCAGUUUUUGGAUGCGUGCACCUCUCCUUUUGCCAGGUCCAAAACCCUGCAGACGGUGUUCCAGCCAGUCCUUGCUACAGAUGACUUCCAGAUGUUUCGCUCGCUGAUGGUCCAGAAGAACAUGGAGCUGCAGCUUCAAGCUCUCAGGGUCAUGAAAGAACGGAACGGCGCCCUACCAGAAUGUCUGACUGAUGGCGUGGACGUAAUGUCAGAGCUGCAGCAGCAAGAGAUGAAGAUCCUGCAGGAGGUUCUCAAAAAGUCCAAAGAGGAGUAUGAUGAGGAAAUGUCCAGGCGGAUGCUGUUAGAGGAAGAAGUUGGCUCCACGUCCAGCAGCUGCUCUGAUAAGCCAGUGGCAGAGAGUGAUGCAGCCCAAAAUACCACUUCUGCUCCCAGCCAACAGAGCAACGCUGCCAAGGUCAACAGCAGCCCUGUCAGACAAAAAGAGAGCAAGAUGACUGCUGCAGGAGAUGGACAGGUGAAAAGUGCAGCUAAGAGCAGCUCCUCCUCUAAACCCACACAAGAUUGUGGCAGUAACGGUGUGGAGUCCAGAGUCCUUCCAGCAGUGAGAGCUCCAGUGAAGUCCCGUGAGCUCAUCAGCAACAGUCACAUCAAGGAUCAGAGCAGCAGCAGCCAGACUUCAGCUGAGACGUGUCUGGAGGAGGCACACAGGGAGGCCGGCUUCUCUAAACCAUUUACUGAGUUGUCGGCGUCCCAGCAGGAGCAGCUCCAGCAGAGGGCAGCGUACCUCCGGCAGCAGCGAGACAAACUCCACGCGCUGAGGAAAGAGCAGCAGAAAACCAAGCAGCCGAGCAAACCAGAGGAGACACCCAGCAGCCCCACACCAGCACCCUCCAGCACCCCGGAGAUAUCAGCUGAGGAGCGGAAGAAGCUCCAGAAGAGAAAACACCUGGCUGACAAGCUCAAAGAGGAAGUGAUCAAGAAGUAACUUCCCCUCCGAAUGCAAUAUUUUCGUUCCUAUCCACCGUAUCUGUUUUACUCUGGUAAACAAACACGAGGCUUCCUUUACGCUGCCCCAUAAUUCACUGUACAGAUCAGGGGUUUUGUUUUUCCAAAGAAAAAUGAUGAGAUCUUCCUUCUUUAGAGUUUCUUUUGAUUGCUAUCUAAAGAGCAAAAAGGUGCAUCUUUUUAUUUUAUUUUUUUCGUAUGCCAGUCUCUACUCGUAACAGACCAACUCAAGUAUUUGAAGAUCUGUUAGGAUAGUCGCAUUGUAUGGGACUGAGAGUUCAGAAAACGUCACGCACAGCUGAAAAGCACACAGGCCAGUCAGAAAACACGCUGCCAAUGCUCGUAGACUUGAGCUUUUUGACUUUUUGUUCUGAGACGCGCCUGGGCUGUGGCCAAAAUCACUCUUUUUUUAAGUGCAUGACUUUACUUUGACACUUUGGAGGCCAGAAAAUUUUACCUGCCAAAUUUAUGGGCAGUUUAAUGCCUUCAACAAACACUUAAUUCGCAAUCGUUUUUAUUUUUCGAGCAAAAAAUGCCUGUCAAAGUCCUUUAUGUAUUUAAAUCUUGCAUCCAUCCAUCCAUUCUCUAUACACCACUUUAUCCUCACUAGGGUCAUGGGGGGUGCUGGAGUCUAUCCCAGCUGACUCGGGCGAAGGCAGGGGACACCAGUCUGUCACAGCGCUACAUAUACAGACAAACAAUCACAUUCACAUCUACAGGCAAUUUAGAAUAAUCAAUUAACCUCAGCAUGUUUUUGGACUGUGGGAGGAAGCCGGAGUACCCGGAGAAAACCCACGCAUGCACAGGGAGAACAUGCAAACUCCAUGCAGAAAGAUCCCAGGACCACCCCGGGAUCUUCUUGCUGUAAUACGUGUUUGCUAACCACUAUUCCACUGUGCAGCCCUUAAAUUUUGCACUGUUGUUGAAUUCUAAUAAGCCAUACAACUAGCACCUUUCAGUUUUCUUUCAUUUUAUAGCCAAAAAGUAACAGUCUGCAGAUUUAUUGUUAAUGGUAGUAGUAGUUUGUUGCCCUAAUGUCACACUACGAUGCUUCCCCUUGACUAAAUGUGAAAAUUCCAAUUAUGCAACACUUCAUCUGAUGUCUUAUUUUACUUAUUACAGUGACUAUUGCAUAUGGAGGAGAGGAGUGAUUUUGGGCACAGUUACAUGUUCGUUUCUCUGUAGAAAACAGUCAAAAAUGUCCUAAACAGGCUGUGUGAUGAGGUCACACUCAGUGAGUUAAGCUGUAAUGGUGACUAAGAGGCAAAGGUAAUAUUAACUGGACAAGUGCACAAUCUUAUUUUCCACAGUUGUUAGCAUUUCCAAAGGGAAGCGGGUGCAUUGUUUACGCCGCAGCAGCUAAUGCUAGUUUUAAAAGUGCUGUGGAAGUCGUCAAGACGAGCAUCAUGUGUUCAUAAAGGGGCCAAGAGAAUGAAGAGUGCAGUAUUUGUCUUCAAACCAAUCUGGAGUCUUCACUUUUAAGUAGUCACGAUGCACCAGUUUCGAUGUAAUACUGUUAUCAAGUAUGCUGUUUAAUAAACCACAUUUUAUAGGAAACAA